AUGCGGUCGUCGCUGUCGCGCACGGCGAUUUUUUUUGAGGCGGCGGUUGUGGUGUUGAGCAGUGAGAGCGAAGAGGAGGAGGUGAUGUCACUGCCCGAGAGGAUCAAGAAGAGGGUGGCAGUGGGUUCGGAGCACUGCAGCCCGCGUGGUGGGGAUGCAGCUGGUGGUGAGGUGGUGCGGGAAGCCCAAGUGUUGCCCGGAGAGGUGUGUGGUAGAGGAGGUGGUGCUGAGAGACUCGCCGUGUGCUCGUUGCCGGGCUCAGACAAGCCUAAUAGCCCCUUGGUAAGCAGAGUGAGCCCAGAUGCAUCUCCACUCCUUCCCAAGAAGAAAAAAUACAGUCAGAAGGAAAGGGAGGCGAUGUGCCAGAAUGCGUGGCAGAGGAGGAAGGAGCGAGAAGCAAAGAAGAGGCAGCAGGAGGAGGAAAAAGAGAGGAGAAAAGCCCUUGCUAAGAUGCUGAAAGCUCAGCGGCCAGGGGAGUGCCAGAAAUACAUCACAGUGGUGCUGGAUCCAGUCCUCUUACAGGUAGAAGGUGGUGGGCAGAUCCUCAGUGCUUUGCAGGCUGCCAAUUACUCCUGUGUGGUUGAGGAUCAGGCUGUUCCCUGCAGCAUCACCUGGAGGAGAAAGACUGUGUCACCUCAGAUGGGAGGAGGAGAUGAAUGGACAGAAGAACCAAAUGUCCUGGUCCUGCUUGGCUUGGAGGAGUUUUUGUCCAUGGCUCACAGCUACAAACAAGAGGCUGCUGGCUGUGCAGAAGGGCAGAAGGAGACCCUGCAAAGCUAUGUAGCUCAUGUGAUGGAGAAAAUGCCUGGGAAAAUUCUGGCUCUGGCAGUAGUUGGAGUAGAGAAUUAUUUCAGGGCCCUCGGAGCUCAAUCAAAACACAGACAGCGACAGGCAGCAGCGAGUGGGAGCCAGGGGAAACAGAGUAAACAGAGAAGAAAGGAAGCUAAGGAUUCUGGCCUGGAGUUAACCAAGAGGGACAUGGAAGAAGCCCUGGUGGAUCUACAGCUCUGCACACAAGUCCAAGUCAGCUUUUUUGAGAGCUGUGAAGAGCUUGGGGAAUUUGCCACUAUGUUUGCAAAAGCUGUGGCUGAGGCACCGUUCAAGCGAGAGCGAGAGAAGACAGGGUUCUCCUUCUACCUGGAGAAGGGCUGGUGUGGAGGGGUGAAGGUGGAUCAAUCUGGGAAGGGCCUCUUGAAAGUUUGGAAGAGGCAGAUACAGCAGUUUAACCGUGUCAGCCCCGAGAUGGCUGAGGCUAUCGUGUCUGCCUACCCUUCUCCUCAGCUGCUGGUCCAGGCCUAUGGCAGAUGCUCCUCAGAGCAGGAGCAGGAGAACAUGUUGGCUAACAUCUCUGUGUGCCGUGGGGAGGGUGUGACAGCCACCUCCCGGCGGAUCGGGCCCGAGCUGUCCCGACGCAUCUACCUGCAGAUGACUUCCCACAACCCUGACCUCUAUUUGGAUUCCACUGGGUAG